CUUGGUUAACGACUAGAAAUACAUGUCUGAAGAUAGUUGGAUUAUUGAGCUUUUAAAGAAAGAAGCAAAAGAGAAAGAAAUAGAAUCAGAAAGGAUUGGAAUAAAGGCAUUUCUUAAAAAGAAAAGAUCAAAAACAUUAUCACAAGGACCAAAUAAGGAGUUUUUAACAAGAAUAAUUAAGGAUACGGAUUCUCAUAAUGAAGCACUUAUUAGAAAAGAAAUGUUUCGUGCGAAAAAACGGUUAGGAGAACUGUAUUAUUGCAAAUCAGGAGGGGAUAAGGUGAUAAAGGAGAAUGGAGAGACAAGGAAAUCAAGAAGAAAAGAAGAAAAAAAGAAUUUUGAAGCGAAUUUAUUAGAUAAUAAUGAAUCAGAAAAAAAAAACAAGAAAAAAAGAAUUUUAUAUUGAAUAAGGAGAAAUUGUAACAAAAUUUUCUAAAUAUAAGAAGUUAUUC